CGCGUCCUUCUCCUGCUCGACUCCAUCCCUCGCCUUCCUGCAUCGCGAUGAACUGCUAGUCUGGCUGACAACUACUACUAAACACCUCUAUUACUAAACCAAUCUACUCUACACAGCACGAAUGGCAGCCACAGUCAAGCGUGGCACGCCGCUCACCGAUUUCACAAACAUUCCUCACUCCUCCGCGUCCCAGCCCGCGGGCGACACCAAGCGCGUCAAAUACGCUGGCAACGCUCUCAAGCAGAAGAAAGCCAGUAGUUUUGAGGAGGACCUUGAGAGGCUAGAGGAAGAGAUUGGACAUUCUGCCGAAAAUGACCAGAAGUGGGCGCGACCGGCGUUGCCUGCCUUUGAUCCAAAAACUACUCCUAUUGUGUUUCAGCAGAUCGACGCCGAAGAGGCGAUUUACAAUGACCAGCCAGUAGUUCGUCUAUUUGGAGUGACCGAGGAGGGCCAUUCUGUGAUGUGUAACAUGACUGGGUUUUACCAUUACUUUUAUGUGCAGGCUCCAUAUCAGUUUGAGCAGUAUCAUGUGAAUUCUCUGCAUGAUUACCUCGACACGCUGUACCCCGGUGCGAUCUACAGUAUUGAGAUUGUGAGCCGAUGGAGUAUCAUGUAUUACCUCGGCGAGUCGCCGAGCGCUUUCCUGAAGAUCACAGUGAAAGACCCCCGCCACAUCAACCGCGUGCGCGGAGGGUUUGAACGCGGACAGGUUGAGUGGCGGGACGGGAACGUCGGGUUCGCGCUCGAGACUACGUACGACAACAUCCAGUACGUGAUGCGGGCGAUGAUUGACACGAAACUGUCUGGGAUGUCGUGGGUGACGUUGCCCGGGGGAGAGUACCAGAUGACGGCCGAGAAGCAGAAAGUGUCGUCGUGUCAGCUCGAGUUGCAGAUUCCGUACGACCGCAUGAUUGCGCAUCCGUCCGAGGGCGAGUGGUUGAAGAUGGCGCCGCUGCGGGUGCUGAGCUUUGACAUUGAGUGCGCGGGGCGGAAGGGGAUUUUCCCCGAGGCGGAGGUGGACCCGGUGAUUCAGAUUGCGAACGUGGUGUCGCGACACGGGGACAGCAAGCCGUUUGUGCGGAACGUGUUUACGCUAAACACAUGUGCGCCGAUCGUGGGGUCGCAGGUGAUUGAGAACCGGACGGAGAAGGAGAUGCUGAUGGGGUGGCGGGAUUUCGUGCGCGAGGUCGAUCCGGACGUGAUUAUCGGGUACAAUAUUGUGAACUUUGACCUGCCGUACCUGCUCGACCGGGCGGCGGCGCUGAAGGUGCAUGAUUUUCCGUACUUUGGGAGACUGGUGCAUGUGAAGCAGGAUAUGAAGGACUCUACGUUUUCGUCGAAAGCGUACGGAACGCGGGAGUCGAAGGUGAUCAAUAUCGACGGGCGGCUGCAGUUUGAUAUGCUGCAGCUGAUCCAGCGGGACUACAAGCUGCGGAGUUACACGCUCAACUCUGUGAGCGCGCACUUUCUGAACGAGCAGAAGGAGGACGUGCAUCAUUCGAUCAUUACGGAUCUGCAAAACGGCGGGGCAGAGUCGCGACGACGGUUGGCGGUGUACUGUCUGAAGGACGCGUAUCUGCCGAUCCGGCUGAUGGAGAAGUUGAUGGCGUUGAUCAACUACACGGAGAUGGCGCGCGUGACGGGGGUACCGUUUAGUUUUUUGCUGACGCGAGGACAGCAGAUCAAGGUUGUUUCGCAGCUGUUUCGCAAGGCGCUGCAGCUGAAGCUUGUGGUGCCGAAUAUGCAUCAGGAGGGGUCGAGUGACGAGCAGUACGAGGGAGCGACGGUUAUUGAGCCUAUUCGUGGGUACUACGAUGUUCCGAUUGCGACGCUUGAUUUCUCUAGUUUGUAUCCGAGUAUCAUGAUGGCGCAUAACCUGUGCUAUACGACGCUGCUGACGCCGGAGUAUCUGAAGCGAGCGGGGAGCACGCUGAAGCUGGGCGAGGACUACGAGCGGACGCCGAACGGGGACUACUUUGUAAAGUCGGGAGUGCGAAAGGGAGUUUUGCCGGUUAUCCUGGAGGAGUUGCUGGGGGCGCGGAAGCGGGCCAAGGCUGAUUUGAAGAAGGAGACGGAUCCGUUUAAGAAGGCGGUGCUGGACGGGCGGCAGCUUGCGCUGAAGAUCUCUGCGAAUUCGGUGUACGGUUUCACGGGCGCGACGGUGGGGAAGCUUCCGUGUCUUGCGAUUUCGAGUUCGGUGACGGCGUAUGGACGGGAGAUGAUUGAGCAUACGAAGAAGUUUGUGGAGGAGAAUUAUAAUGUGGAGCAUGGGUUGAAGCACGACGCGCAGGUUAUUUACGGAGACACGGAUUCGGUGAUGAUCAAGUUUGGGCCGAACGAUCUGGAGGAGUGUAUGCGACUCGGGCAGGUUGCGGCGGAUCGGGUGUCGGAGGAGUUUAUAAACCCGAUCAAGCUUGAGUUUGAGAAGGUGUAUUAUCCGUAUCUGCUGAUCAACAAGAAGCGGUAUGCGGGGAUGUACUGGACGAAGCCGGACAAGCCGGACAAGAUGGACACGAAGGGAAUCGAGACGGUGCGGCGAGAUAAUUGCCGGCUGGUGCAGACGGUGAUUGAGACGGUGUUGAAGAAGAUUCUGCACGACCGGGACGUUGCGGGGGCGCAGGAGUUUGUGAAGCGGAUUAUCUCAGAUCUGCUGCAGAACAAGAUUGAUCUGUCGCUGCUGGUGAUUACAAAAGCGCUCGCGAAGGCGGACUAUGCGGCGAAGCAGGCGCAUGUGGAGCUAGCGGAGCGGAUGCGGAAGCGAGAUGCAGGGUCCGCGCCGACGCUGGGGGAUCGGGUUGCGUAUGUGAUUAUCAAGGGCGCGAAGAACGACAAGAACUACGAGCGGUCGGAGGACCCGUUGUACGUGCUGGAGAACAAUAUCCCGCUGGACACAAAGUACUAUCUCGAGAACCAGCUGGCGAAUCCGCUGAAGCGGAUUUUUGAGCCGAUAUUGGGGAUGCAGCAGACGACGAGUUUGUUGAACGGCGCGCACACGCGGACGAUUUCGGUGGCGGCGCCGACGGUGGGGGGGUUGAUGAAGUUUGCGGUGAAGACGGAGGUGUGUAUGGGAUGCCGGACGCCGCUGACGGGUGCGUUUGCGAAGGGCGCGCUGUGCAAGAAUUGCAUGCCGCGGGCGGCAGAGUUUUACAGACGGCAGAUCGAUAGCCUGAAUGGGUUGGAGACGAAGUUUGCGCGGCUGUGGACGCAGUGUCAGCGGUGCCAGGGGAGUUUGCACCAGGACGUGAUUUGCUCGAGUAAGGAUUGUGCGAUUUUUUACAUGCGCAAGAAGAGUCAGAAGGAUGUGCAGGACUCGACGGCGCAGUUGGCGAGGUUUGAUAGUAUGGCGUGGUGAUUAAGGUUGGAGGAUAAUGGAUUGUUUGUGGAGACGGAGAGAGUAAGGAGGGGUAGGGAUUGAGUUUAGGAUGGUCGCGUGCAGGGCGUGCAGGGCGUGCAGUUAGCAGACAAAGAAAGAGAAAGAAGAGAAAGAAGAGAGUCUAAGGAAGAUAAGAAAGGAAUUGACGAUGAAUAGAAGAGAAAGACGGAGAAGGUUGAGAUAGUCGAGAUAGACUAAGCAAAGAAGGCAGGUUUGGCUUGUUUAUGCGGUGAAGUCAAGAGACGAGUCGAGAUUAGGCAGGAACG